AUGAUUCCUUCUUACGCUCGUCUUCUCACCUCAGUGUGUGCGCUUGUCAGCACUGCGGCCGCCUUGACCCCCCUCGAGGUCAGCGGAAAGGACUUCGUCGAUUCCAAGACUAAAGAUCGUUUCCAGAUCAUCGGUGUUGAUUACCAACCUGGUGGCUCUUCUGGCUUCACCGCGAAGCAGGAUCCUCUCAGCGAUGGAGAUGUGUGUUUGCGCGAUGCUGCCCUUAUGCAGCGCCUGGGUAUUAACACUAUUCGUGUCUACAACUUGGAGCCUAGCCUGAACCACGACAAGUGUGCUUCUAUCUUCAACGCUGCUGGUAUCUACAUGAUCCUCGACGUCAGCAACCCUCUGGAGGGUGGUUACCUUGACCGUAGCGCCCCCUGGACUACCUACAGUGCCAUCUACUACAAGCAGGUCUUCGGUGUCAUCGAGGGCUUCAAGAACUACGACAACCUUCUCGGCUUCUUCGCCGGAAACGAGGUCAUCAACGAGGAUGCUACUUACACCGCCCCUAAAUACAUCCGCGCUGUCAUCCGUGACAUGAAGGACUACAUCGCCAAGAACGCUGACCGUGCCAUUCCCGUGGGCUACUCCGCCGCCGAUAUCCGCGACAUUCUGAUGGACACCACUCGUUACUUCGAAUGUGACCUCAAGAACUCGACCUCUUCCCGCGCUGACUUCUUCGGUCUCAACUCUUACUCCUGGUGCGGCGACUCUUCCUACAAGUCCAGCGGUUACGAUGUCCUGACCGAGGACUUCACUAACGCUACUAUCCCUGUCUUCUUCUCCGAGUACGGCUGCAACGACGUCCAGCCCCGUGUCUUCACCGAGGUGCAGGCUAUCUACGGUGUUGAAAUGACCCAGGCUUUCUCUGGUGGUCUUGUUUACGAGUGGACCCAGGAGGAUAACGACUACGGCCUGGUCAAGAUCAACGACUCCAACACCGUGACCACCCUCAUCGACUUCGACAACUUCCAGAAACAGAUUAACAAACUCGACAUCGACCGUAUUACCUCCAGCAACUCUACUCAGGCUAACGUUAAGGCUGAGACCUGCGCGACUUCCCUUAUCACCAGCAAGUCCUUCUACAACGCCUGGGAUCUGCCCGAGGUUCCCUCCAAGGUCUCCGACUACAUUAAGAACGGUCUACCCAACGCCCCCACUGGAAAGCUUGUCUCUGUUUCUGGCACUACCAUCCCUCAGAAGGUGUACGACCACACCGGCAAGGAGAUCACCGGCGUUAAGUUCGAGGUGAAGUCCUCUGUCAACACCCCCUCUUCCUCUUCUACCUCUGGAUCCGGUAGCUCUGGCUCCUCGUCAGGCUCUUCCUCCACUUCUUCCGGUACUUCUACCUCUACCAAUGCCGCCGCCCCCAACGGUGCCCCCUCUCUCGCCCUUGGCGGUCUUGGUGGCUUCUUCAUGCUUCUUGCAGCCCUUGUUUAA